UUUAUUGUAUUGUGUAUAAAUUCCCUCCUGUUCUAUCUCCUUCCAUCAAAAAGACUAGAACCACCGCCCUAUCUGGAAGAGACUCUAAUCCGAAACGCUCUGACAAAAUGGCCUCCGCAUUCUCUGCGCAAAUGGUGUGCGUCCCUCGCCUUGUUUUCCAGACUAGUUUUAGUCGAGAUGUUCCAGUGUUGGGCACUACACUCUUGCAACCAAAUUGCUCCAGAACCCCUACUCUGAGCUGGUCUACGACAUCGUUGGCAUCAGGAUCUCUCUAUGCAUCAAGCUUUCCCAUCGUCCAGCUUUCUAAACCACCUUCUAUUAAACACCGAAGGAUGGUGUGUUUUAACACACUGGCAAAGGAUCUAGACCUGCAAGCGGAAGUGACCACCAAGUGCUUCUUUGAUGUAGAGAUUGGUGGUGAGCCUGUGGGAAGAAUUGUAAUAGGCCUUUUUGGAGAUGUUGUUCCAAAAACUGUUGAGAACUUUCGUGCCUUGUGCACAGGAGAGAAAGGAUAUGGUUACAAGGGAUGCUCAUUCCACCGAAUCAUUAAAGAUUUCAUGAUCCAGGGUGGUGACUUCACUGAAGGAGAUGGAACUGGAGGAGUUAGUAUCUAUGGCUCUCGUUUUGAAGAUGAGAGUUUUUCUUUGAAGCAUGUUGGACCUGGAGUAUUGAGCAUGGCUAAUGCAGGUCCAAAUACCAAUGGGAGUCAAUUUUUCAUUUGCACAAUUAAGACUCCAUGGCUGGAUAAUCGGCAUGUCGUGUUUGGAAACGUCAUCGAUGGAAUAGAUGUUGUGCGUAAGCUUGAAUCACAAGAAACAAGCAGGUCGGAUUGCCCUCGGUUGCCUUGCAGAAUUGUGAAUUGCGGGGAGUUGCCCAAAGACAGUUGAUUUGCUUUCUCAUAUAUCACAUCGGUCAACUGAGAAGCGACAGUUUGUUCUGGUCCAAUUUUCCCUAAGUUCAUUGAAUUUUGUCCUCUUUAACAUUUUACCAUGCAGUCUCGUAUGUGAAAACUCCAUUCAGUUUAUCAGAGAGAACUUAUUAAAUAUUCGACGAUUCACAGUGGAGGUGCAUGUAUUCUUAUAUUAGGAUGAUUGCGAAUGUGCAGACUGCAGACAGUUGUCUUAAGAACAGAUAUUGCAUGUCAACAGAUUUACCCUUCGAGCUCUUUUUUUCACUAUGCAUUGCAACCUA